CACGCUGAAGGCGUGGGGGCAGCAUGGCUCAGGUGUUAGAGCGGUCGUCUCCCAACCUGAAGGUUAGGAGCUCCAUCCUCAGUCUAAGUGUCCUUGGGCAAGAUACUGAACCCCCAGUUUCUCCUGAUGCUGCGUCAUCUGUAGCUUGUCAUUGCCCAGAUUGCACACAUCGGGUUGCUUUGGUUUCGCCCCAGAAGUGGAGAAGAACUGAGGGGAGGAGAAUAUACGCAAAGGGGGGAGUGGAAGAGUAAAAGAAGAGGAAAAAGAGACACAAAGACGGGGUGAAAGUUGAAGAAAAUAACCCGACAUCUCAGCAGCUCACAGCAUGGCGCUGUUCCCGUUCUGCAAGACACCAACAGGAGCAGUCAGAGUGUCCAGGAUACAUCUACUCCUGUACUUCUUUCUACUGUCUCUUAUCAUAUACUUCCUCCAUGGGCGUAAGGCCAGCACCAACAUGAGGUCCCCUCAUCCUUACUUUCACUCCAUGGAAGCAGCCAUCGGAAGAGGAGAGACAGACAUGAUCAACGCCAAGGCAGGAUCACUGCAAACGUCUUGGGGUGCUCCUUUAGUUUGGGGUGACACCCGCAACUCAGUCAAGCGAAGAACUGAACUUGCACAACGAGAAAUUCGAAUAGGCCUGCUGGCCCUCGUGGUGGGAAAGUAUGCCCAAUUUGUGAGACGUUUUAUCUCAUCAGCCGAAGAGUACUUCCUUCCCAGUCAGAUGGUCACUUACUACAUUCUCACAGAUAAUCCUCACACAUUUGAUCCUCCUAUGAAGUUGGGGCAUGGGCGACAGCUGACAGUGGUUUCUGUUGCAGAGUUCCCAGGCUGGGACAAGUUAGUCUAUCGCCGUAUGACCCUGUUGGCCGACACCAUCAAAGAUCAAAUUGGCAGGAACGUUGAGUACAUUUUCUGUGCUGACAUUGACCAGGAGUUUGUGUCUCCUGUCGGAGAAGAAAUCCUUGGUGACCUGGUGGCCACCUUGCACCCGGAACUCUAUGGCAAGCCACGGGAGACAUUUCCUUAUGAAACAGAUGAGGUGUCGUCAGCUCACGUGGAGAACACCGAAGGUGACUACUACUACACCUCAGAGUUGUAUGGUGGGCUGGUUCCACAGAUGUACAGACUGGCUCGAGGUUGUUCUAUGCUGAUUCAGAAGGACCAGGCGAACGGCGUAAUGGCUCGCGGCCGUGAGGAGAGCUACUUGAACCGAUACUUGAUCACUCACCGACCAAGCUGCGUGCUCUCACCGGAGUACAGCUGGUGGGACUCGGGCCUGGCUGUGGACGUGCCUGUGAAGAGGCUGGUGUCGUUGGGAAGGCAAUGUGAGGCUUUUGACGCUGAGAAGAGAGAAAAGCACCGAUGUUGAAUUAAUGUGUGUUAAUAAUUCAUAUCUUCCUGUUGCAAUUUAUGCUGCAUUGGAAACUGCUGGGGAGAAGGAAAUAUCCAACUUGGAGCUUACAACCUUAGAGUGUUCCAGUCAUAUGUAAACCAAUAACACGGAAGACAACUGUGAUAUGAUGGUAUUUGUUUUGUUUGGGAAGUGGCCGCCCGUAGUCAGACGACAAUCCUUGGCAGUUACAAUCUUUUCUUUUUUAGUUUACCAAAUAACGUGAUUAAAAAGAUGAUAUAGGAAUAUAUCUACUAGGGCUGCAACUAACAAUCAUUUUCUUAGUCGAUUAAUCUGAUUGUUUUCAUUAAUUGAGAUAAUCUCAUCAUCAAAGCUGAUGUUUGUGAAUAGGGUUGGGCAUCGGGUCUCGAGCAUCGUUGGAAACCGGAACUCACAUUGCGAUUCUCCCCGGAUCGUUCAAAUAUUUUAAUUUCGACUCCUAGUUCUGAUACCCAGUUCGGCGACCGGAAGAAAUGCACCAUAAGAAGCACCAAUGAAGAAGAAGCAGCUCAAAAGUUUAGCUCAAUCUCAUAAAAAAGAGCAGUGAGCUCAGUGCAACAUUUGCAACACAGUUAUAUCACGCAAACGAGGCCGCACGACCAACAUGAUAAACACCUCCAGAUUCACGGUGUGGAAAUAACAGUGCCCCAUCUUUGAUGUGCUACAUCGGACCUCCUCUAAGCGGCCAGAAUCAGGGAAAUCAAACAAUAAAUGAUGUAGGUCUCAUGCCAAUUUAACAGAGGCUUUUAGGAUGCUCGCUCAUGUCGUGGAAGUUCAGUGUAAAUAAAGGACAGGAGUUACGGUUAGGCAAGUUUAUUCAUGUGCACAGUCUGUCUCUAUUAGCAACAGGCAAGAUACCUUCUCAACCCACACAACACACUUCUGGCUUUCAAAAUAAGAGCCCUUUAGGCUACAUCCUGUUUACUUGUGGUAACAAAAUAAGGGUGUCAUAAAAAAUAGCUUACACCAAAACUGAGGCAGCAAACAAAGUAUACUGCUGAAAGUAAACAUCUUUUGUGAAAGUGUACUCCUGUAAAAAUAAGUAACAUUUAUAUUCAAGUUGAAUGGUUUGAUAUACAGUAUAUACUGGUUCAUAGUAAAGUUGAUCAGUUCAUUUUAUGAACAUAUUCAUGGAGAAGUUCAGACAUUUCAUCCAAACAGAAUUCUGGUUAGCGCCCUCAUUUAAACCAAUGCAAACUUUGAUGACCCUGCCUCUUAAAAGCAUCAGAAUUGAGAAUCGAAACGAGGAAUCUGAAUCAUUCAAAUUGAAACGAUGCCCCACCCUAUUUGUGAAUAUCUUAUUACGCAAAUAGGUCUGAUUUGAUGGAUGACUAAGGAAAUAGAAAAACAUUCACCUCUCAGAGGCUGAAAUCACAGGAUAUUUAUAUUUUUUUAUUUAAAAAAAAAAAGAUCAAAUUCCAAAAUAGCUGUCAAUGAACUGGAUAAUCAACUAAUCGUCAGUUUGAUUAAUUGCUGCAAAUCUAAUAUCUACACAUACAUUUCCACAAAGAACAGUAAAUAUUGUUUUUUGGUUAUAGUUUUUUUUUGGUGAGUCUUUGUGGGCGCCAGCAGUCCUGUGUGACAUCUCGGUGAAGUCGGGUUUCAUUGAUUUGCCCAACUUAGCAAAAACUCCACUGCACUUUUCCUAGUGGGAGGUCUGAAGUUCCCAACGUCCCAGCAUGCAAAUAGAAAAGAAAAUCACACAUUUGUUUUGUCUUUAUUCAACUCCUCCUUGUAUUUUUCUAUCCACUAGUCAAUAAAUAAAGUAGCCUGAAACUGACUCUCAAUUAUAGACCCAUCUAUGUGGACCGUGUCGGCACAAGUCUGUUCUUAUCAAGCCCAAGAGGAAAAAAGAAGAGAAA